ACGCUACCAUCGUCUGCUUCGCAACAAGGCUGAAAAGGAAACUGUGCGAAGCAGCAUGGAACUCUUUCUUUCCUAUUUAAGCUAACUAAUGAGUUGAAUGUUUUAAGAUAUGAUAUUUUUGUGAUGCACUGAUCAGUCUUGCGUGCCCCGGUCUCAGCGACGGGUUUUCUUCCCCUCUGUGCAAGCUGCCGGCAAGUUCUCGCGCUUUUUGGACCGUACAUUUGCGAGGAAUGACAUCGUCUGAAAUCGCUAUCAAGAGCGUCGGCGUGCGACUGAACAGCCCCGCCAUCGUUGUCGUGUACGAAAUGAGCAGCGGCACGCUUCACAGGAGGACGAUGCCUGUGAGGGGCCUGUUCGAGAACUCGGACGUCAAAAGCGUAGCCGAAGCGCUGCGCGACCGGCAUUCAGCGGUUCUAAGCAGCGCUCCUCUGGUACAAGUGGAGAAGAUGUUGCGCAUUCUGCAGGAAAACAUGAAAGGGCAUUCGUUGGAAGAGUGCCUGGCGAAAGUGAACGAAGAGUUCACGGUAAACCCCGACGAAGACCUUAACAAACUGGACGACGAGACGUUGCAGAGGAAGAAAGACCUGAUGAGCUUAUCUUUCGAGAAGAGUCGUAAGAAACCCGGCGACCCGGACUUUCAGUACGAUGUUGAAGAAGAUUUCGAUGUCGAAGGCGCGAUCGAGACGUCCGGUUGGGACUCCGACAAGAGCGGUGAUUUCAAUUUCUGAUGCAGCUGCAGAGCAUAUAUAGAACUUGGCUUUCCAAUUUUUGUUAGAUACUGUGCAUCUUUCUUUCAGUUCUUUCUUUUGGGAACGCAAGAUUGCUUGUCAUUCUCAACGUGCCAAUCAGUGAACUGUGCGCGCAAUGAUGCUUUAGUAUAAAGAUAUAGUUGUAACAAUA